AUGCCUGACCUUGGUCAGCAGGACAGGGAGAUAGCAGGUCUGCUCUUUGUCCGCACAUCCCUAUCCAGGAGGAAGCUGCCUGCUGCCCACGCCUUCUUCCUGCAGACAGAGGCUGGUGGGGGUGAGCGGCGCGGCAGCAUCCUGAGCAAGCCGCGCGCAGGCGGCGCGGGCGCCGGAAAGCCCCCGAAGCGCAACGCCUUCUACCGCAAGCUGCAGAAUUUCCUCUACAACGUGCUGGAGCGGCCCCGCGGCUGGGCGUUCAUCUACCACGCCUACGUGUUCCUCCUGGUCUUCUCCUGCCUCGUGCUGUCUGUGUUUUCCACCAUCAAGGAGUACGAGAAGAGCUCGGAGGGCGCCCUCUACAUCCUGGAAAUUGUGACCAUUGUGGUGUUUGGUGUGGAGUACUUUGUCCGGAUCUGGGCUGCAGGCUGCUGCUGCCGGUACCGUGGCUGGAGAGGGCGGCUGAAGUUUGCCCGGAAGCCGUUCUGUGUGAUCGACAUCAUGGUGCUCAUCGCCUCCAUCGCGGUGCUGGCAGCUGGCUCCCAGGGCAACGUCUUCGCCACGUCUGCACUCCGCAGCCUGCGCUUCCUGCAGAUCCUGCGGAUGAUCCGCAUGGACCGGAGGGGGGGCACCUGGAAGCUGCUGGGCUCUGUGGUCUACGCUCACAGCAAGGAGCUGGUCACUGCCUGGUACAUCGGCUUCCUCUGCCUCAUUCUGGCCUCGUUUCUGGUGUACUUGGCAGAGAAGGGAGAGAAUGACCACUUCGACACCUAUGCAGACGCACUCUGGUGGGGCCUGAUCACCCUGACGACCAUCGGCUAUGGGGACAAGUACCCCCAGACCUGGAAUGGGCGGCUCCUGGCGGCGACGUUCACCCUCAUCGGGGUCUCCUUCUUCGCUCUUCCUGCGGGCAUUUUGGGGUCUGGUUUUGCCCUGAAAGUCCAAGAGCAGCAUCGGCAGAAGCACUUUGAGAAGAGGCGGAACCCAGCAGCAGGUCUGAUCCAGUCCGCCUGGAGGUUCUACGCCACCAACCUGUCGCGCACCGACCUGCACUCCACCUGGCAAUACUAUGAGCGCACGGUCACGGUGCCCAUGUACAGCUCACAAACUCAAACCUACGGGGCAUCCAGACUCAUCCCACCACUCAACCAGCUGGAGCUGUUGAGGAACCUCAAGAGCAAGUCUGGACUCACUUUCAGGAAGGAGCCUCAGCCGGAGCCAUCGCCCAGUAAAGGCAGACCGUGCCGAGGGUGCCUGUGUGGAUGCUGCCCCGGACACUCUAGUCAGAAGGUCAGUUUGAAAGAUCGUGUCUUCUCCAGCCCCCGAGGCGUGGCUGCCAAGGGGAAGGGGUCUCCCCAGGCCCAGCCGGUCCGGCGGUCACCCAGCGCUGACCAGAGCCUUGAAGACAGUCCUAGCAAGGUGCCCAAGAGCUGGAGCUUCGGGGACCGCAGCCGUGCGCGCCAGGCUUUCCGCAUCAAGGGUGCUGCAUCCCGGCAGAACUCGGAAGAAGCAAGUCUCCCUGGGGAGGACAUCGUGGAGGACAACAAGAGCUGCAACUGCGAGUUUGUGGCCGAGGACCUGACGCCCGGCCUGAAAGUCAGCAUCCGAGCCGUGUGUGUCAUGAGGUUCCUGGUGUCCAAGCGGAAGUUCAAGGAGAGCCUGAGGCCGUAUGACGUGAUGGAUGUGAUCGAGCAGUACUCAGCCGGGCACCUGGACAUGCUGUCCCGCAUCAAGAGCCUGCAGUCCAGGAUAGAUAUGAUUGUGGGCCCCCCACCCCCUUCAACUCCCCGGCACAAGAAGUACCCCACGAAAGGACCCACGGCCCCUCCGAGAGAGUCACCCCAGUACUCACCUAGAGUGGACCAGAUCGUGGGGCGGGGCCCGGCGAUAACGGACAAGGACCGGACCAAGGGCCCGGCGGAGGCGGAACUGCCAGAGGACCCCAGCAUGAUGGGGCGGCUUGGGAAGGUGGAGAAGCAGGUCUUGUCCAUGGAGAAGAAGCUGGACUUCCUGGUGAACAUCUACAUGCAGCGCAUGGGCAUCCCUCCGACCGAGACGGAGGCCUACUUUGGGGCGAAGGAGCCCGAGCCCGCACCGCCGUACCACAGCCCUGAGGACAGCCGGGAGCACGUGGACAAGCAGGGCUGCAUCAUCAAGAUCGUCCGCUCCACCAGCUCCACUGGCCAGAGGAACUUCUCUGCGCCCCCCGCGGUGCCCCCUGCCCAGUGCCCCCCGUCCACAUCGUGGCAGCAGCAGGGCCACCAGCGCCACGGCACCUCCCCGGUGGGGGACCAUAGCUCACUGGUCCGCAUCCCGCCGCCACCCGCACAUGAGCGGUCACUGUCUGCCUACAGCGGGGGCAACCGGGCCAGCACAGAGUUCCUGAGGCUGGAGGACGCCCCGGCCUGCAGGCCCCACGAGGGCGCCCUGCGGGACAGCGACACGUCCAUCUCCAUCCCGUCCGUGGACCACGAGGAGCUGGAGCGCUCCUUCAGCGGCUUCAGCAUCUCUCAGUCCAAGGAGAACCUGGACGCGCUCAGCAGCUGCUACGCGGCUGUGGCCCCAUGCGCCAAGGUCAGGCCCUACAUCGCGGAGGGCGAGUCCGACACGGACUCGGACCUCUGCACGCCCUGUGGGCCACCGCCACGCUCUGCCACGGGCGAAGGUCCCUUUGGCGACGUGGGCUGGGCCGGGCCCAGGAAGUGAGGCCACGAGGCCCCUGUUGCGCCGCCCCAACUCUGCCUUCUGGUUUGUGGCUGGAGCUCUCUGGGGCUUUUUCUGGGGUGCUGUGGUGGUGAGGGGUACUGGCGAGCCUGGCUCCUGGGGGGUCCCUGUAGGGUGACAGGUGCACAGGGCUGCUCAGCUCGUGUAGAGUCAUUUUGCAGAAGUUCCUUUCCAAAUGGGCUGCAGGAGUAUCCGUCUGCCCAGCCUGCUCGGAGGCAGUCACCCUGCAUAGGACAAGGACAGAGUGAUAAGAGGCACAGUGGGUGGCGGGGCUCGGGGGCCCGGGAGGGCGGCCUGUCUCCUGUGGUGGCCGCCCUUGAGGCCAGGGGUCCCAGGUUGGAUUAGUAGCUCAGAGUAGCAAGUCACUGGGCGUGGACCACCCCUGCCCCGGGCGUCUGCCCCUCCUUCCUGACUGUGCCCAGCAAGGCACCGCCCGGCUGCCAUCUGUGUGUGCACAGCUGGGCGGGGUCCCUCGCCCGAGGCAGCCUGGCUAGAGAGCUCCCGGCCACAUUCUCCCCACUUUCUUUGGGGUCCACAGGUCUUUUGAUGGAAGCUGCCCCAAGCUCAGGACCCUUUGCCUGGAGCUGAGGAAGGGGUGAGGCCUUGGGUGCCGGAGCGACCCUGGGACCGUGCUGCACUAGGCCUCCUGUAGCCUCUGCGGGCCUGGCUUGCAGUCUCUUCUCAAAGGGCUCUGGGGGGACUCCAGGUGUGUGAGUGCCAGCAGUGCCCCAGCCACAGAAGGUCUGGGCAAUGGGCAACCGUGACCUUGCCUUUCUCCUGACUGCUCUGGCCAGGUGCCAGCGUUUUGACAGUGGUCUAACGGGCACAUUUGCAUUGUUCUUAGCCAGGGCCCUUCUUUGCCUGCCCCGGUCCGCGCCUGACAGACCCAUGGUGCAGUCACGGCUGCGGAAGUCCUGCCUGCUCUGAGCUCCAGGCGCUGCUGCGCUUCACUGAGGGUCCUUUCUGUUGGACCUGACUGUGUCUCGGCUGCUCGUUUUCACUGACUGGUCCCUGGGCUGGGGCCUGCAGGUGUUUUGGGAGUUGGAGAGACCUAUCCCUCACCCUGGGCCGUGCGAGCAGGAAGCUCUGUCCCUCCCGACCUGGCCAGCUUGGCCUGCUCUGCAGCCAGCUGUAGAGGCUCAUGGGGGCAAACAGAGCCCCGCUCUACUCCAGUCUGUCGUUCGGGCGAUGGCGUCGGAUGGUGGGAGUCCUGGCUCUGCAGCAGCCAGCCCCUGGCUGGGCCCAUGAGUGGCUGCUGGGACACAGGCAGGCUGCCUCUCGCACUGCUUGUGCGAAGUCUGUUCCAACCAGGACUGGGGGCGGCCGGGCUUUGUCCUCAGUAGCGGAGCCCAUCUUGCCACUGGGGAGGACCUGGAAACCGUCUCCUGGGGCUCAGGCCCCUGACCGUUGGGGGUCCUGGUGCAGGGGACCAACAGGGCACAGGGCUCCCACUCGGGAGCAUCUCUGCCAGGCUGCUGGCUGGGGGCUCGCCCGCAUUUGCACCGCUCUUGGCGCCCUGGCUCUCGCCAGCAGCGUUUGUGUGGCCGAGAUCCCUCUGUGCCGAGAGAUUUGCCUUCCAGGGUGUCUCUGCAGGUGAGUGACAUGGCAGAGCCCUCAUCACGCUCCUCCAGGCCGGUGUGAGCCAGGGCCUGAGUCACCCUUUGUCCUUGGUGGUGGUGCAGGGAGGCUCCUGCUGGGGCCCCAGGCGGAGCUCGAGUGCCCACCACCAGCCCCAGCCCACUCCUCCUCAGCCAGGGUAGAGGAGGGGCCCCUUGCCUCCUGUCCCAUGGGCUCCACGGCUGUGUGGGUGCCUCCUGUGUGUGCCACCUCCUGCCCCUGGGGUGUGCUGGGGGCCCUGGGCUGGGGUUCUGCAGCCUGAGAAUGGUGGGCCGGUCAUCUCCCCCUGAGCCCUGGCAGCCCAGCAGGACAGCAGCAGGAUCUUCCUUGGGUUGCAGCAAGAGGGAUGAUGGCGAGAUUGCCAGUGUCAGACAGGAGCACUGGCCUGGGCACCAUGCACGCUGUCUGCAGCCCUUCUGAAGAGCAAAGGGUGCAUGGCAGUGGGGUGGCUGCGGCCCUAGUUUGGGAGAUGGCGGGGGAGCUCCCUCUGGGGUUCCCCCGACCCAGCCCGACCAGCACAAUGGUCCACUGCCCUUGGGUCUCUGCCCUCACAGAAGUGCGACAGGCAGGAGGCUGAGGUUCCGUGAGGCUCUGUGAGCUCUUGGGUCUGCAUGGCCAGCGCCACCUGGGGCAAAGGUUUCUAGGGCAGGUAUUAUUUGUAAGAGCACGCGUCCCCACACACCCAGACACACACCUGCAGCCAGGCACACACACGCAUUCUCACACGUGCACACGCAAGCUCACAGACCACACAUGGCCAGUACACACUUUCACAUGCACACACAGCAGUUGUGCACUUUCACACACACACAGGUGCAUAUGCACAAUCAUGGCAGGUACACUCACAAGCUCACACAAGUGCACAUGCACACACACGACAGGUACAGACUUUCACAUGUGCACAAGCUCACACAUACACACAAUAAAGCAGGUACAGUUUUACACACAUGCCUGUGCAAAGCACAUAUGCAUAGGUGCACAGUUCAUGCAUUGUACACACAAGUAGAUCACACAACAGUAUAUACACACGCACACUCAUGUGUGUGUACAUGCAAGCUCACAGGACAUACAGAG